CUCUGCUGCCCGCUGGCCAUGUAAGAGCUCCCCGGACCCGCCACUGCUGGUCAGAGGCAGCUUCUGAGAGGGCAGCGGGUCCAUGACGCCAGCCGGGCCUGGGGGCCGCUGGCCAACCCAGACGAGCUGGGCCUCUAGGGGACCUCAGGGGUCGUGAGCACAGAGAGAGCUUCCCUGACCCCCGUCGGGGACCUCAGCCAGGCCCGAAGAUGCCUACCAAUGGCCUGCACCAGGUGCUGAAAAUCCAGUUUGGCCUCGUCAAUGACACUGACCGCUACCUGACGGCCGAGAGCUUCGGCUUCAAGGUCAACGCCUCGGCACCCAGCCUCAAGCGGAAGCAGAUGUGGGUGCUGGAGCCAGACCCAGGGGAAGGCACUGCCGUUCUGUUUCGCAGCAGCCACCUGGGCCGUUACCUGUCGGCCGAGGAGGACGGUCGUGUGGCCUGCGAGGCGGAGCGGCCGGGUCGUGACUGCCGCUUCCUGGUCCUGCCGCAGCCCGACGGGCGCUGGGUGUUGCAGUCGGAGCCGCAUGGUCGCUUCUUCGGCGGCACCGAGGACCAGCUGUCCUGCUUCUCCACGGCCAUCACCCCGGCCGAGCUGUGGACAGUGCACCUGGCCAUCCACCCGCAGGCCCACCUGCUGAGCGUGAGCCGGCGGCGCUAUGCGCACCUGUGCCCGCGGGAGGAUGAGAUGGCAGCAGACAGUGAUACGCCCUGGGGUGUGGACGCACUCGUCACCCUCAUCUUCCAGAACCGGCAGUACUGCCUCAAGUCCUGUGAUAGCCGCUACCUGCGCAGCGAUGGCCGCCUCGUCUGGGAGCCCGAGGCUCGCGCCUGCUACACGCUUGAGUUCAAGGCGGGCAAGUUGGCCUUCAAGGACUGCGAUGGCCGCUACCUGGCACCCGUGGGCCCUGCGGGCACGCUCAGGGCAGGCCGCAACACACGGCCUGGCAAGGACGAGCUCUUCGACCUGGAGGAGAGUCACCCACAGGUGGUGCUGGUGGCCGCCAACCACCGCUACGUGUCCGUGCGGCAAGGGGUCAAUGUCUCAGCCAACCAAGAUGAAGAACUGGAUCACGAGACCUUCCUGAUGCAAAUUGACCAGGAGACAAAGAAGUGCACCUUCUAUUCCAGCACUGGGGGCUACUGGACCCUGGUCACCCAUGGGGGCAUCCAGGCCACAGCUACACAAGUUUCUGAGAACACCAUGUUUGAGAUGGAGUGGCGGGGCCGACGGGUGGCCCUCAAGGCCAGUAACGGGCGCUAUGUGUGCAUGAAGAAGAAUGGGCAGCUGGCGGCCAUCAGCGAUUUUGUAGGUGAGCACACCCCUCCUGCCCUGGGGAGCCUGGGGCUGAGCGUCCCUCAAGCCCUUGUCUCGCCAGCAGGGGAGGACGAGGAGUUCACCCUCAAGCUUAUCAACCGGCCCAUCCUCGUCCUGCGCGGCCUGGACGGCUUCGUCUGCCACCGACGUGGCUCCAACCAGCUGGACACCAACCGCUCGGUUUACGACGUGUUCCACCUGAGCUUCAGCGACGGCGCGUACCAGAUCCGAGGUGCCGGCAGGCGGGAUGGGGCUGGGGAGCAGCGGAAAGGGGGGUCCCGGAGAGAGUGGGGGGCUGUGCCCAGCCUGGAUGGGGGAGCGAGCCACCCGCCGACCCCUCUCUGGCCCACCCCAGGCCGCGGCGGCGGGUUCUGGCACACUGGCAGCCACGGCAGCGUGUGCAGCGACGGCGAGCGCGCCGAGGACUUUCUGUUCGAGUUCCGCGAGCGCGGCCGCCUGGCCAUCCGGGCCCGGAGUGGCAAGUACUUGCGUGGCGGCGCCUCGGGGCUGCUGCGUGCGGACGCCGACGCGCCGGCUGGGGUUGCGCUCUGGGAAUACUGAGUGCCGCCGUCUGUCCCCCAUUAAACCAUGUCUGUGACCAGCGGCUCGCGGGUCAGUGGCGCCGCUCGCGGUGCGUGGGGAAGGGUUCGCAUCCGCCUGCCGCAGGCCCUCUGGGCCUUUCCUGCGAUGGUCGCUCGACGCCAGAAAAUCCAAGAUUGGCGCUUUUCCAGCCCAUUGAACAUCCGGAGACCCCUUCCUGGACUGCCAGUCCCGGGCCUUCUUUUGUCUGCAUCACUCCUUGGCACAUAGCUCCUCCCCAAGCAUGGGGGUGGGGGUGGGGAGAGGACCCCCAUUCUACUCAGCAGGACAGGAAUGGGAGUGGGAUAGUUGGGAGGAGCCUCAUCCCAGGCCCCAGCAAGUCAGGUAGGUUAGAGGGUCUUCAGGGUCUUCAUAGCACACAUCACUGCUCCCUUCCCCAGGGGCAGGGUCUUAGGGAAUCCUGGAAGCACCUGAUGAAGUGACUUCCACCCCUCCCAAGACAGGGUUAUGUGCAGCCAACCAUGGGGGAGAGGGCGCUUCUCCGCCUGUGCACUGGCCUGCUGCCAC